GCUUCCCUCUCUCCGCCCUUAUCCUUUCCUCCGCUCCUCUACGCCGUCUCCCGCCCACUGGGCGCCGCUGGCUAGCCGGGCCACAGAGUAGGCUUCUGGCAGGGUAGAGCGACAACUCCCAGUCGGAAGUUACUGUUGAAGUUAAGGCAGCCAUAACUGAAAAUGGCAAGGAGUUUCCUGGCUUCCUGUUUCCAGAGUGACGUAGGUUUUUCCUUCGCCCAAUCUCACUGUUACCCCGGGCAACGUCUCAGAAGGGAUGCUUCUUUCUUUCUGUAGGCUUGAGUCAAGAACUCUCAGUCACCUUGGUAAUACCCGGUUGGAUGCCUAAACCUGUAGGAAAAACAUCAGAACUUUCAGGAAAAUCUUAAACUGUAUCCAGUAAUUAAGAUAUGGCAGAAGUGAAGUCAAUGUUCCGGGAAGUUCUUCCAAAACAAGGGCAAUUGUCUGUGGAAGAUGUAACCACAAUGGUGCUGUGUAAACCCAAACUUUUACCCUUAAAAUCUCUGACUCUGGAAAAACUGGAGAAAAUGCAGCAAGCAGCACAGGAUACAAUUCGCCAACAAGAAAUGGCAGAAAAGGAACAAAUAACCCACUGAUUGAUAACUUAGCACUUUAGCGAACAACAUACCUUAUCUACUAUUUAACAAUAACUAGAAAAUCUCUAUGUGUAUGCUAAAAGUAGUAUUUGUUAAUAAAACUGAUAGUAUUCAUAUAAAUAAUACAAAAAUAUCCAAGGAUGAUGAAACAUUGCUUAUUUAAACACUCUGGUUUGAACUGAACAUAAGGAGUUAAACUUUGAACCAGAAUUUAUAGGAUUUUUAACUCAAGUCAUGUUUUUACAAUUGCAAAUUAAAUUAUCAUUCACCAUUCCUAUUGCUAUCAGUUUUGUGAUAAAGAUUCUUAGGCUCAAGUGACUAAAUGCAGCUUUUAUAUGUAAAGAAUCUUUACAUGUUUAUUAAAAAUCUGAAUAUGAAGAAUCCAUUCCAAUCUUGCAUAAAGUGUUUAUAUUGGGCUUUUUACAUUACCCAGUUUAAAACAAAAUUUUUUAUCCAAUUUUGUGUGCCAUGUCAUGUUUAGUGCUAUCUUGCCUAACCAACUGAUCCUACUAGUAAUGACAAAACUGUUUCUUAAAUUUGAUUUUUAAGAAAUCUUCACUUAUUCUGUAUCUAGCUUAGCUUUUAAUUAACUCAUUUUAAGGACUUAUAAAUUGCAUGACUACCUUUAUCAUCUAGAUAUCAAACUAAAUACCUAAAAAUGGUUACCAUAAUUAUCUAUAUAAGCCUAAGUAAUAUGGGCUUGAAAGAGCCUAUCAGUAAAUAUUAAUAUGAAUAUUAAAUUUGGAGUUUUAAUUCUAAAAGACUGUACCUAAAUCUAUAAUAGGUAUAUUCCUAAGAAUAUCUUUGUUAAUUCAGAAUAUAAUUCUUGGUUGGUUUGUUGCAGUCAAUAAUAAGCACUUUAAGUUAGCAUAGACCUUGAGGCUUUGCUGAGUAAUUAGUUUCUGUAAAAGAGGUAAGAAAUGUGAUUGUUCCUUAGAUAAUUGUUAUUUAUUGUAUUUUCUCAGACAUUGAAUAAAUGCAAAGCUUUGGGGU